AAAACCACUGCACACGCUUUAUGGUGGAAAUACUAAGUGGUAUGACUCCACUUUCUUUGUUCAAACUGCAAAGGAAUGGAACAUGCUUCCUGAGUCUGUGUACCCCGUCGAGUUCAAUCUAUGGGUCUUUAAAGAGAACAGAUACCUUCUAGAAAAGAGUGCUCCAUUGUAGACUACGUCCACACUUACAAACAGGCGAUAUUCUCUGAAAGUCCUCCCAAUGAAUCCACCGGAGUGAUUAAAUAUUUUGGCCUAUAACUUUAUGAAUAAAAAAUCACAAUUGUCAAAUUUGACAUUGAUUAUGACAGUGAAAAUCUAAUCUAGAAAUUAGAACCGUACGUAUUCCAAAUUCCGAUUUACAUAAAUUAUAUUUUUUGUUAUCAUGUAUUGAUAUGGUUAUAGGAAACAAAAGAUGAAUAAAGUCAGUCUUUCUAUAAUUUUAUUAUGUACCUAAUGCAUUUGGAAUAAAUUUUUUCCAUUUUCUAUUCAACGAGUAGGUACGGGAAAAGCGAUUCAUAUAGAAAUCCUACUAGGUACUUAUUAUCUCAUGCUCAAAAGUCAAUAUGGACUACGAUUAUCUGAUUAAAUUACUGUGCGUUGGUGAUUCUGGAGUUGGAAAAACAAGUUUUCUUUAUAAAUACACUGAUGGAGUUUUUCACACCCAGUUUAUAUCAACUGUGGGUAUCGACUUCCGUGAAAAAACUGUGAUCUAUCAACAAAAUGGGAGACAACAUCGCAUACAUCUUCAACUGUGGGACACAGCAGGGCAAGAAAGAUUCAGGAGUCUGACAACAGCUUUCUACCGUGAUGCCAUGGGGUUUUUGCUGUUGUUUGAUUUGACCAAUGAAGCAUCCUUCCUAGAAGUGAGAAAUUGGAUUGAGCAAUUGAAGACCCACAGUUUAAGUGAUGACCCAGAUAUUGUAUUAUGCGGCCACAAGUGUGAUCUUCAAGAAAAGAGACUGGUUAAUCCGAACCGAGCCAAGGAGUUUGCUAAGAACUACAACUUGCCAUACUUGGAGACGAGUGCUAAGACCGGACAGAACAUUGAUCGGGCAAUUGAAAUUCUGCUGGAUAAAGUUAUGUUCAGAAUGGAAUCAUCAGUGGAAUACGCGAUGCUCUGCGCGACCGGACGACGCCGUCAAUCUUUACAGAAGCUGCAAGCGAAACAGGAAAACAAAUUUUGCUCUUGCUAAACAAUUAUCUGACAUUUUACACAUUCCAAUUGUAUACCAUUUUACAUUUAACUUGAAACUAUUGACUUCCUUAGAGCGACAGGGUUUGAAGUUUUGCCAAAAUGCAAAGAUUUUUUUGCAGUAUAAUAUCAUUUUUGGCUUGAGUUGCAUUAGAUAAGAAUUUAAAAAAAGAGUACGGAAAUGUUUUUUUGUGUCAAAUCGUGGCUAUAUUGUCUUCCCGGCGAAAGAGGUAAUUAUUUAUAUUAAGAGAAGCUAAAAUGAAAUGAAAAUAUGUUUAGCAAAUAACAUAAUUGAAAGUUAUAUCUCUAUGUUAAAAGUCUUUCUUAAAAUUUCAAAAAGUUUCUUAAAAUUUAUAAAAACUAUGGCUGGUUGGAUCCAUCCUUUAAUGAGAAUUAUUGUUUUUUCAGUAUUUGUUCUUAUAUAAUUAAGGGAGCAUUUACGCCAAAUAUUCUUAAUAACUUAUACGAAGCCAUUUUAUAAAAUUAUAGUAAUUUAUAAACUAUAUAUUUAUUGCUAAGAAUAAACAGCAUUUACGUAUUUACUAUUAUAAAUAUCCAUCUAAAGAUUGAUCAUAGAGAAAAUUAAAAACAAAAAUUUUUUUUUGGAAAAUUUUAAUGGACUGAUAUUAAUUUUCGUAGAAAGUUUUCGAUAUAUUAUAAAAUUUACAUAGAUCUCGUCAUUUACCAAAGAUUAGUAGGUUUAAGAUAUCAAUUUAUUAUUAAGAAAUGAGGGUAGCCUUCGACAGUAUGCAUUCCACUUUUUGGUUUCGGAUAUGUUAAUUUAGAAUUAUUUCAGUUAGCGCACACAUAAUUUUAGUGUGUAUCUAUUAAGUAGCGUUGUUUGUUUUUUGUUUAUUAAAGGCGACGUAUCUUAUAGAAUAAGUUAUAUAACACCUUUAAUUUUGAGAAGUGUUCACUUUUUUUUAUUCUACAAUUUAAUUUAUUUUAAAAUAAAAAGGUCUGAAAUUAUGAAUUUCUUUAAGCCAUAAUAUAAUAAAAUUCAGGGUAACACUAGUCAUAUGACUUUGGAGAUCUUUAUCGUUUGUUAUAAAAUAUUAUUUAUAUUAAUAAGUAAUUAUGUAUUAUUAAUUGGAGUAAUUUUCAAUUACACAUUUGAGUUGCACAAAGCUUUUGGGCAUUUUAUAUAUUCCUUUUACAAAGCAUAGUGUGGUUCAAAAGUAACCUUAAAUUAAAUAGACUAACGCCCGUCCCCCACAUGCACGAAUACGCAAACCCACAUUUGUAGGAAUGUAGGAUGACAGUUGCAAAUGUUUCCUUCAUACUUGACUGCAAACAUUUGUAUAUUGUAAGAAUGUUUGCACUCAGAUGAGUGACCCUGGUUUUAAUGUGCUUAUCAAUACAUAGUAUAAAAUGAAGUCUUUUUCCGCAGUGCGUGUAUCUUUGUGCUAAGAUCUUUAAAAUUACGCAACAGAUUUUGAAAGGAUUUGUCAAUAGAUAGACUGAUUCAAAGGGAAGGUUUAUAUGUAUAAUAACAUAGAAAAAGGAGUGUGGAAAUGAAUUUUACUCUGAAUUUAACGCUUGAGAAACCGACAUAAGCUAGUGUUCAAUGGUACGGAAAUACAUGUUUGUAAAAAUGUGUCUAUUUGUUUUAAUAUUUCUUACUUAUAGCUUGUGUAUUGUGAAGUACAUAUUACUACAAUCGAUUCCAUACAACUUUAAAUGAAUUUCGGAAAAGGGAACUUUUGAACCAGACUAGUCAGGAAAUUUUAUAAUAAUUAAUGUUUAUUUGUGUAUACGUAUUAAGUAAAUGUUUAUUAAUAUUUAAAUAUUAUCUGACUGUUUGCCUUUUAGAAUUCUUUAUAUGCGCUAAUAAAGUCUAGCUUUGAAAAUAUGAGCUAUUUGUGAAAGGGCCUCUUAAGGUAAAUUUACCUUACUAUACUGAUUAUAGCUAAUUAGCUAAUUUAUGUUUCGACACACUCUUUCUUUCGUCUAAUUUUGUGAGAGUGAACGAGACAACAAUAACACAGUUAAGAUAAAAUUUAAAUAGUGAGACUUCUAUGUAGAUAUUUUCUGAUGUGCCUGAUCUAUUUGCUAGAAUAUACUUUAUAUAGAAUAAAAAUUCCCAGGCACACAUAGCCUUUCUGUUUAUUUAAUUUCAUAAUAUUUUAAUGUUUGCUUGCCUUUUCCUAUUGUCGUAGUGUUUUUAAUUUUACAUUUAUGCAAGUAUGAUACAGGGCAUAUUAUUACAAUAUGUGGUCAAACUAGUCAUAACUCAAUAUAUAUUAUCUUUAUAAUAAUAGACCACCUGCAUCCAUAGUUUUAAAAUUAAAACUAGGCAAUUCAAAAUUAAUGUCAUAUCACGUGUUUUUUACAUUACAAAUUUUAAUAAUGUUAUCAUAAUUGUGUGUUUAAAGUUAUAAAAUAUAUCUAUUUACAUUAAAAACACUAAAUAAAAUUGCUUUGGGGUAAAAAAUCCUGUCUUGGAUUAGGAAUUUUUAGCGAUUUAUAUAUAUGUAUGUGCUUUAGAUACUUUAUUCGCUUUAUCUAGAGACCGAAAUAAUGGAAUUCCUAUUUUUUUAAACCUACAAUAAUUAAGUCAAUAUAUUUCGAAUAAUUAAAAAUCCUUGAGAUUUUUUUUUUAAAUUUAGAAAAUCCUUUUCAUUCGUAAAUACCCCAAUGCAUGUAUACUAUAAUAUAAUGUGAAUACAUUUUAUUACCUAGAGUGUUUGUGGUAAAUUCCUGACCAAGCUGCCAUUUUAUAUGUGUCAAUUUACAUCGUAUUGUCUAUUCAGUAUUUCAAAUGUAUUUAUUAAUAUAUAGGUAUAAAUAAAUUGUGCGAAA